AUGGAGGUCCAUGCUGUGCUGCCUGAAGAGCGAGCAAGAGAUGAACAAGGGAAUAUCCUUCCGUGGGGAUACCGAUAUCUAGAUUCUUCUCGAAACCCUCGCCUUCCUCCCGAAGAGUCUGGCCCUUUCGGCAAGAAUCGUACUACAAGAUAUACUGGCUCAAGAUCUUCAAGGACGAGGACUGGCACCACUCCCGUGCGACAAAAAGAGAAUCCCACCGUGGCAGAAUUUGGGCGACUCUUUGCCAAAGAACAAAAAGAGGAAGAAGAACGGCAGUCAAAGAACACCCUACCAAGUACAAGCUCUGGAGAUGUGCCGAAGCCUCUUGCACCUCCGGAAGGUGUCGCGACAGAAUGCCUCAUCUAUGGAUAUGCCUCCAAAGCAUCAGAGUGGAAAGUGCUGUCCAAAUAUGAGCGCAUCGUUGCGCCCUCAUACAUAUGCGAAGACUACCCAAGAGACGACCCGAACCUCGCUCUGACGUCUUCCAAUGUAUUUUCAAACUCUGUCGUCGUGCAUAGAAAGCUCACCAAAGACGCUCUGCGUAAAAGCCGCGUCUACAAAGGAGGCAACCACUGGAUCAAAGUAACUUUCGACACCUACCAAGCAGCCGAACGAGCAUGCUUCUACUCCCCACAGGAAAUCGAAGACCACCUUGUCUUCUGCGAGAUGUGGCAGGGUCGACCUCCAUUCUCAGACACGCCCCUUAUUAAAGGCAGCCACCCAGCCAACGAGCACCAGCGAAACGCAAACGCCAAACUCCGCACCCUCACCACCUCGCAAACCACCAGCUUUCUCCAACCAGGCGUCGAAUCAGCAAUCGCCGGUUUUGAGCGCGCCACACAAACCCUCCCCCGCUCCUUCACAGCCCAAGACGUCCAAUACGGUCAACCCCAACCGCCAGUAACAACCCGAGACGACACCUCCAUCCCUUCCCCACAAUCCCAAUCCUCAACAACCGCCUCUUCAGCAACAGCAACGGCCAUCGACGCCCCUCCUUCCCAGCCCCAACAACAACUCUCCUCCUCUCUACACCCAACCUCAACCCUCCGCUCCCGCUCUGUCCCCUCCCUCCCGACCACACUUCAAACCCCCCACUCUCCCUCCUCAUCAUCCAGAGAAUACAUGACCGCGAUCCCCACCGUCCGCAAAGCCGUCCUGCGCCCAAUCUCCGAGGCCCUCCUCCCCCAACCCACCCUCACAACCCGCAUCCUCCGCCACAUCCCCAUUCUAUCCUGGUUCGUCGCCAGCAGCAGCAAGGCUAUCGGUGGCCAGGACUGGAUCGGAGACGGCCCCGUACUGACCGAGGAUGGGAAGUGGGACGAGGAGAGGAACGGAUGUGAGUUCUGUUAG